AUGCCUGACGCUGUUCCUGAAGCCGGCCUGGUCCCCGAAGCCGUCGCGGCUCCCUCGCCAAUGCGCCUUUUUAUCUCGUCGUCUCCAAUGCAUGCAUGCAUCUUUCAUUAUUUAUUCGUCUCUCCAGCUUGCUUGCUCCUGUGCUGCCUGCCUGUGCACCCACACGUCUGGCCCAGGAUAGCCACCGAGAGUGAGUGCUUGGGCCGCAGUCGACACAGCUGCCUUCUCCCGGCCCGUCUAUCCUUCCAUACAUGCUGCCAUCGGUUCAUGGCUACAUACUUACACACGCCAAUACCACCAUCACUGCCAUGUAUCCUUUGCAUCUCCCCAAUCAUUAUUGUCAAUUUCCGCUUCAUUUUAUCCGUGCGGUUUCACUGAGUGACGGCAUUGCAUUCAUUCCAUGCCUUGCCAUCUGUCUGCUGUUGGGGGAAUCCUCAUCCCAUCAUCCCAGCCCAGCCCAGCCAUUCCCAGACAGACACCCCACUCAAUCCGUUCGUGCGUUCGCUCCUUCACUCGUUCAACCAUCCAUUCAUCCAUCCAUCCAUCCAUUGUCUCUCUUGCAUCCGCGUAUCAGAAAGACGGUGAGCCUCCCAACGGCCCUUUGCAUGACGUGUAGAGGGCCAUCUC